GCUCUGGUUGAGGCAUCGCAGUGGACUCCAGUUAUUGUGCGGUGCCGCAAGGUUGCCUUGGCGCUGCUGCGACGCUGCCAGGAAAACGAGUAUGUGCUGGCGCAGCUCUGCCGGCACAUGCGCGACAGGCAGUCUGGCAGCUCGAAGAAGGCACAGUUCAGGGCCAAGCGCCCACCCAAAAUUCCUGCGCUCUGCCAGCAACACCCAGUCCAUGACGGCAGCAUCCGGCAAGCGCAUCGGUAUGCGGGCCAUCGCGCAGUUCAGUGAGGAGAGGCGCGCCGAGACCCUGGCAAUGCAGUGCUUGCGGGCGCGCGAUUCAUGGGCGCUCUACAAAAAGGCGGAGGUGCGCCUGUCGCGCCUACAUCGGAUACUGCUCGACCGCCAAUGCCUGCGUGUGCUGGCUGUCGCCCACAAAAUCCACCAGCGCUUUCGCUACCUGGUUAUGUACGAGGUCAUCUAUCUGCCGAUGGAGCUGUGGAAUAACCUGGACAACAUGAACGGCAUUAAAUACCAGAAACGACUCCAGGAAAUGUACGAGCAAUCAGGCUUGGCCCGGUGAUGCGACACUGCAAACGCCAUGUAAUCCUGUUUUUCUACUAUCGCUGCAUAUCCAUGCAGGUUGUAAUAACAUGUCCAACCUCGUGCAUGUGCAUAUCCAGAUACUUUUAUGCCAACAUCCAUGUGGUAGGGUGCACAUCGCCUAAAUUUGCGUAAAACGAGCCGGUUGCUAUUUUCAAAGCCAAGCGGGGGAUGGUUUCUGGGUAGGUGACGAAAGGGGGUUAGAAAAAUGAUGUAAUUCAUUCUCGCACUACAACAAGCAUUUUCUGUGCUACUGUCCCACCUCGACUUGCC